AUGCAUGUUAUGAAUGUGGGUGAUGAAGUAGACGAGGAACCUGGUUCCUUGACUAGAAAGCGUUCACAGAAGCAUGGUCUCCCCAAGCCUAAAAGAGGAUCUUCUGUGACUACUAAAAGCCUGAACAAGUCUGAUGAGGUUGUCUCUAGUGAAAAUAUAGUGAAAGAAUCUGGUGAUACGUUGGUGGAAGAGUCUAGUGCAAGGGUGAUGGAAGAAUUGGGUGAAAAGUCUGUGAAGUCUGCUGAAAAAGGAAAGAAUGUUUGCAAGUCUGCUAAAAGAAAAGCUGACGCUGAUGAGGAACCUAGUUCAUCCAAGAAGGCCAAAGUUCAUAAUCCCCAGAGUGCUGGAAAAGAAAAAUUGAGGAAUCAAAAGUGGACACAUUUGUUCACAAGUGAUGCUCCAAGAGUGUAUGAGGAGGAAGCACAAAGUUUCUAUGCCGACUUCUUCAAAGUUGAGGAUAAUCACAUCUGUGUACUGGUGAAUGGAGUUGAUAUGGUAAUAGACUCAGUUUUGUUGGGGUCUAUUCUAGGUGUGCCUGCUGAAGGGUUGUCUAAUGUUCAGGGAACUUGUUCUCAAAAUUUCAGAAAUGCCAUCCUGAAGGACAGAGCAGUUCAGCAAGGGGAACGGGUACAGAAGAAGGCUCUCCUUCCAGUGUACCAAUUGUUGUUUGAUAUGCUGAACAAGGUCUUGCUCCCCCGUGCUGAGAGAAGAUCUAUCACUUCUUGUGCAGACCUGUUCCUCAUGGAAGCACUAGACAACUUCACGACCAUCAACCUACCUGGGAUCAUGAUAGAGCACAUGCAGAAAAUGGCAGAGUUUAAAGAUAGUAAUCAUGGGCUGCCUUAUGGGUUCCUUCUCACCAAGGUUUUUGAGUACUUCAAAGUUCCUCUAGGACAAGCAAAAGUGGGCACUAAGAAGAAAACUUUCUCCAAGUCCACUCUCGAAGAAUGUGAGUGCAUUAAUAGGUUUGGAGGAGUUGGAAGCACUUCUACCAUUUCUCAGUUGAUCAACGCUCAGAAUAGUGCCACUGCUGAGAUAAGGCAGUUGAAAGCAAUGAAUGCUAUCCUUGAGAGUCAGUUGAGUCAGCUUCAGAAGGCACCUGGUUCCAGUAUCUCUCAAAGUGAAGAGGUUGCCUGUCUGACCAAGGAGAAUGUUGAGCUCAAGAAACAGGUGGAGGAACUGAAAGAGAAACUGCUCAAUGAGCAAAUGUCAGCGAAUGCUCGAAUGGAUCUCGUCUUCCAAACCCUUGCCUCCGCCUCUAAGCCCUCUCCUUCCAGUGCUCCCUAG